CCGGGCAGCGCGUCGGCCGGGGCCGCGGGACCGGCGGGCGGGGCUGGGCCUCGGUGCGAGGGGAGGAGCCCAGGCCGCCGCCGCCGCCGCCGCCGGAGGGGAGCAUGUCCGCGAGCCGCGCCAAGAAAGUGAAGAUGGCCACCAAAUCGUGCCCCGAGUGCGACCAACAGGUUCCUGUUGCAUGUAAGUCAUGUCCCUGUGGUUACAUAUUUAUUAGCAGAAAACUUUUAAAUGCAAAGCACCCAGAGAAAUCACCACCUUCAACAGAGAACAAGCACGAGGCCAAGAGGAGGCGCACAGAGAGAGCCAGGAGAGAGAAGAUGCACCCGACAGGAAAUAAGGACUUAGAAAACAGAAAGAGGUCCCGGAGCAACAGCCACUCAGAUCACAGCAGGCGAGGCCGAGGAAGACCUAAGAGUGCAUCUGCCAAAAAACACGAGGAAGAAAGAGAAUGUGUUCACACGUCCUUCGGGAUUGCAUCAGCCAAGCCUCAGACAGCGUGGGCUCUCCGGAGCCUCCUGAGGCCUCGGGAAGGGCCGCGCUGGCCUCCUGUCCCCGCACCCGGGCCCCGCUGGGGAGCAAAGCUGGGCUGGGCUGCUCGGGCUUUCCUUGGCUCCCAAGGAGAUUGUCAGUGUUUUGUGUUCGGGAUAUAAGCAAGUGUAUUUACAAAAAAAAAAAAAAAAAAGCAAGAAAAAAAGCUGGAUGACGGUUAAAGGGGUGGGGAUGGGAGCAGAAGUAUGAAAACGAGGGAAAUAAAAUGCUUGGUAAUUUUCAGGUUUGCCACCAGAGAUGCAAUAUUUUAAAUACUUUGAGAAAGAAUGACUUUUAAAAAUAUAUAUUUCAGAUUUUCAGCACUAAUGGAUUGCAUAUAUACAGUUCAUUUACUUUUAACGAUUUGGCAGUUGGUAUUUUAUUGAAUGGGGAAUUAACAUAAAUUGUAAAUUUUGUCUUAAAUUGAUUUUUUUCUUGGCCUUUAUUUUUAUGACUGAAGGUAUGAGUUAUAUUUUGGGAGAUACUUUCUAGACAGUUUGGAAGUUUGGGUGCUAUAUUAAGAAAAACAUUUAAAGUUAUCUGAUACUUCAGAUAUAAACACCUUGUUUUCCUGAAUGUAAUUUAUUUAUUGGUUAUGAAAAAAUACUUUUCUGCUCUCGAGAUGGUGCUUGUUAACCUAAACAUUAAAUAUAUUUAUUACAUGCAAAAUAUUUCAUAUCCACUUUUAAGCAGUAAUGUUUUAUCUGAAUGGAUGUUCAUUUAAUGCAUCCUGAUAAUUAUUUAAAUUGUUGCUUAAUCUCACUCUGGAAAAAAAAUAAACCUUAAUAUUUAAACGAAUAGAUUAUAUAAUAUUACAAGCAUAUUGUUCUAGUGGAGUUUGUGAAAUAUAUUUAAAUUCUUAAUUUUCCAGUGUUAAAUGCUAACCAUUUAUAAUUGUUUCAUUUUAUAUUAAAUGCUUUUGUAGUUUUGCAUAUCGAUUUAAUGACUAACAUAUUCAGACUUGACAAGAACUCUUCCUAUUUUAAACCUACCCCUGGGCCAACUCCGUUUGGAAGUCCUACAGCCUCAUUAGGGGAGGCAGGCGGCCGCAGGCUUAGCCUCCACAGCAUCCUCCGCUGCACCCGCAUCUCCUCUCCCCGCAGCUCCCCAAAGAAAGAGGCUGUGGCUCGGCUUUGUUUUUACUCUGUUAAGUGGUAGCCAGCAGAGGGAGCUUAAGAGACACCCCAGCUCGGACCUAUAAUUUCCUAAGAAGUCCUUUCCCUUCAACCUCCAUAUUUAUCUGCAGGUACUAGUGCAGUUUUCUUGUGUGCAUUUUAAAGCCACAAUAAUAAAGCCCUAGAAUAAUUCUUAUUCCUGAGAAUACUAA